CGCAGCCACAAUGUUGCGCACGGAUGCGAGCGGCGAACGGGGACUGGUGCCUUGCGUCGGGCGCCGCAAAGGCGGUGUCGUGGACCCAGACGUCGUUGUGUAGGUUGCAGUGGGUGUAUUGGACACUUGAGCAUAAAAUCUGCUCACCAGAGGAAUUCGAACCCAACCUCGAGCUCUUCGUUGGCGACGCUGGUCGCGACCCAUACGUGCUGUAAAACCCACCUGCGUGGGUGGUCGUCUCCGUGCCAGGCCCCGCAGAAGUCGUGAACGGAGACACACUCCUCAUUGGCUGAUUCUCAUACACGGCUAUCAGCUCGUUAGCUCUGCCUCGUGGUGGUAGUUCCGCCCCCGGAUCCGACGACGCCCGCGAAUGGCGCGCGGGAAGAGGAAGACCGUAUGAGUUGGGUCGGGAUCCUGUGGCUUCUUCACUGCGCUCCGUGAUCCUGCUGAGGCGUGCGGGGUGCGCAUACGGAGGUGAGGCGAUUGUGUCCGAGUAUGAGUCUGAGGUGUAUGUUGUGUAUGAAGGAGUGGUG